CCUCCGCCCGCGGCGGUUGACCUGCCCGACCUCGCCACGCCCGACGUCUCUGUACCCAGGCGUCCGCUCCCUCAAGUCCUUGGUGCCUAGCGUGCGUCUCGGGGCCAACGGGGCUGGAGAUUAGCCGCCCGCACCCCGCUCCCAGUCCGGCUCCGACCCCCCGCAUCCCCGUGACCAAACUACUGGAAGGGAGCGGUGGGGAAGAGGCUUCUGCCCUCGGUAUCCCCGCGGUGGAUGAGUUGAGCUGCUGAGCACCGUCCAAGAUGUUGGGUCUUGGGCGGGAAAUAUCUAAGGGAGCAUGAGCCACUUGCAGAACUUAUUGUUAGAUAGUCUCCUGGGAACGAAGCAUGUGGACAGCGCAGCCCUCAUCAAACUACAUGAGCGGAGCGUGUGUGUCGCAUCGCCAGGAUUUAGUCUAAUGCCGAGUGAUAUCCGGACACUUGUGAAUGGAUUUGCCAAAAACCCUUUGCAAACCCGCAGAGAAGGGUUGUAUUUCAAGGAGAAGGAUUACAAAUGCGUCAGGGCAGAUGACUAUUCUCUUUAUGCUAAGAAUGACAACAGAGGUGUGAUUGUUGUGAAGACCCAUCUGUUUCUUCUGGUGGCCACUUAUAUUGAGGGAAUGUAUCCAAGUGUCUGUGUAGAAGCCACAGAGAAACUGGGAGACUAUCUAAGAAAAAAAGGACAUUAAGUCAUAAGAGGACUAUAAAAGACAACUUUUUCAUUUUAGAAGAAAACUAUAGAUCCCAAAGAAACAAUGUCUUAUUUUGUGGUUGGAAAACACAAGGCAGAAGAUACCCAAAAAGAAGACUGAGUUAAGGGGGCAAUUUUUCUUAUUUCAAUAGAUUAUCUUUGAUUGGAAUUA